AUGUCUAUGGUUGAAGAAAACUACGAUGAAGAGGAACAGGCUGGGUUUCGAUUUUAUCCUUCAGACGAAGAACUCAUCAUCCGUUAUCUCCGCCUAAAGGUUGCCAGUCAACCAAAUCCUGACUUUGAGUUAGAUGAGAAGGACGACAUCUACAAGAAAGAGCCGUGGCGUCUUAAGCACACAGAGACCGACUUUUUCGAACCUCACCAGUGGUUCUACUUCGUGAACAAGACUCAGCUCUUUGAUAAAGUCACCCGGAAACGGACAAAACGCCAAGUGGAAGGAGAGACGUGCCAAGGAAGUUAA